AGUGACGUUCAGUGUGUCACGCAAGCCGGAAAUAAAAGUAAACAAGGCUCAGAUAGGAAAACGAAAAUGAUAUGUAGCUUUUGCUUUCCCUCCUUCUUCCUAGUUUGUGGCCUUUGUGGGGAUUUAUUCACAAUGCAUUUCGGAUUCAUACCCCGAUAAAGACAGGCUAAACACGGUAAGACACCUCUUCAGCUGUGAAGAGUGAGUUGUUGCUGCUGCUGCUAGUGAUAGCUAGCCUGAUUCCGUCUUUUCUGUUAUUUAUAUGUUUGGACCUGUCUGAUUCCCCUAUCGACAUCUUUUUAUAACAGUAGUUUUUCCACACAAAUGUAAAGCCACCUGCCCUCCCUGCAUUUCUUUCAAUGCUUACGGUUGUUUGCUAGAGUUUUUUUUUUCGCUUCUUUUGCACUUCUUUCUUCCAGAUUCAACGAUGUUAGCCAUCAGGUCCUCCGAGGAGGAGUCCCCGGAGCUGGAGGACAUGGACACCUCUGAGCCCAACUGGUGCUGGUUUUACCUUGCUGAGUGUGGGGUGUGGCAUAUGUUUGAGGUAGUUCCUGGACAACUUAACCAAUCACAACAUACUUUUCUGACAGUUUGUUUCCAUGAUUCUUCACCUCUUUUUGAUACAACAAUGUCAGAGUCUGUUAAAACCCUCCUCCUGUGUUAGGGUCAGCACCGACCUGUUUUUGAUUUUCAAUGCCCAAAACAACCACUUAAAUUAGCUUUUUUAGCACCAAGACUUUUUGACUUUGUCAGGAACCUCUAUUUCAACAAAAAUAAAAAUAAAAAAAUUAAAUCAGUGGUUCUCAAGUCCAGUCCUCGAGGCCCACUGUCCUGCAUUUUUUGGAUGUUUCCCUGCUCCAACACACCUGAUUCAAAUGAUCAGCUCGUUAUUAAGCCGGUACAGAGAUUGAUAACGAGCUGAUCAUUUGAAUCAGGUGUGUUUGAGCAGGGAAACAUCCAAAACAUGCAGGGCAGUGGGCCUCAAGGACUGGACUUGAGAACCACUGGACCAAAUUAUAAAAUGCUCUUAUUCAAUUCAGUAUAGAUGUCUGUGUGAGGGGUAUACUGACAAAGAAAGUCCCACAAAAAUGCUAACAAGGUGACUUAGAGAUGAGAACUAAAUUGGUUGAUAGAGAAUUGUUUUUAGUUUAAAUUACAGCUGAUUUAAGACACGAGUCUAAACCAACCCUUAACAUGGUGGGUGCGUAGUAAAAGUUAACACAGGAGGAAGGUUAAAUGCUUCAAAGCACCACUUAAAUAAGUUUUUUGCAUCAAGACUUUUUGACUUUGUCAGGAAACUCUAUGUCAACAACAUUAAAAAAAUAAAUAAAUUGACUAAAUUAUAAAAUGCUCUUAUUAUAAUUAUGGCAUUUGUUGUGUUAGGGUCGCUGUUGACCCGGUUAGAUCAAUAUCCAAUAAUUAAAGCAAAAAACUGAAAUCAUAAGUGCACUGUCAGGCACCACACUGACAGUCAGAUCCUCUUCCAAUAAUGUAAGAUUUAGGAAAUUCUCAUUUUGCCAUGUUUUUCCCUGCACAAAAAACAACAUUGAGCAUGUCCAGGCAUGUCUAGACAUGUGAGAUCAUACGUCCGUAGAUUUCUGUGUGAGGGGUUUACUGACAAAGAAAGGCCCAGAGGACCACUACAAAAACUAUUAUAAGCAGUAUUUUCAUGAAUAAUGAAGCCUAACAAGUUAGCCUAGAAAUGAGAACCCAGUUGGAUGAUAGAGAAUUGUUUUAGCAUAAUUUGCAGCUGAUUUAAGACACGGGUCAAAACGGACCCUUAACUUGGUGGGUGCAUAGUAAAAGCAAACACAGGAGGAAGGUUAAAAUGAGAGCAGCAGGUUUUCAGUCCAGGGUCAAUCAUCAGUCACAGUCUUGGGUGAAGUCUUUGGCUGGCACCAAAAAUGCCACGAGUAGCUUAUCAGUAGAGACUUAUUGUUAAUCCAGUUGUAUUGUAAGUUUACAGUCACCCUUUACCUUUGCACUGAGGUUAGGCUUCAGCAGAGCAGCCACAAUAAGCUGAUUUAUGGUUAAGCUGAAUGUAAAAGAAAUUAACUUCUUGGUCCAGACCAUAUUCUUUAUCAUACUCUUUACAGACAUCAGAACUGGAAAAGUUUUUGAUCAAUUUUACAGGACUAAUUAUUAACACUUGAACAGGCAGAAACCUUGAGCAGAGCCAGACUCAUGUUUAUCGGCAUCUGCCAGUGUUGGGGUUGGGAAGGUGUUAAAGGGAGAUGCACAAGGAAAGAGAUAUGAGAGGACAUGCACAAAAAAUAAUGAAACAUAUGGAGGAAUAUGUAAUAUAUAAUAAAAUUUGGAGGAAUACAUUUUGCAGCAUCCAGCAUGUCAUAGUGGUAUGGACAAACUUCCUUUCAACGGGCAAGGAUCUUACAUAUAAUUCAGGAUUAAAACAUUACAGCAGAGAUUACUCCUGUAAAUGGACAUCAUACCCACCUCCUCAAAAAUCAAACAAGGCUCAUUUGUCCAUGAAGAGUUAUGUAUUUUACUUCAAAUAAACACUUUGUUGCUUAUUCUGUCCUCUGCCAUUCUACCAUUUUUAAACCCUAUAAAACAUCUCAAUCAGAAUGUGUGAAUGAUUGACAGAUAAAACAAAGAUAGUCAUUAUUAUUACUUUAGAAUGAUGAGAGGCAGCAUCUUCUAAUACACUGUUUAUCUUGGUCAAUUCCCCUGCCAGAUCGAUCCCAGUGCAGCGUGCUCUGUGACCAGCGCUCAGAUUGAGCAGUGCUACAACAGAAACCAACGUGGUGUCAUGGAAUUCUACACGGCAAAGUACACCUACAGGCUCGACUUCUCUGGUAGAUCCAAACUAAAUGUGCAACACAAGACAGGAGAUAUCCAGAACGUUGUAUUAGGUGGUUAAACUUCUCUCAAUGUCUCCCCAGUUAUGCGGCAAAUAAACGUAACAACAGGGAAGCAGAGGCCGAUCAAACGCUCCCUCCAUUCUGCAACUGGUUUCAGGUAAAGUUGAUGGUUCAAAUGAACAUGUAGAGAUCCUUUUGUCUUCAGGAUGAGACUGUUAGGAAAUGGAAGGUCAGUCAGGUCAGGGGUCACCCUUGUAAAGAGGCUUACUGUGUUAUGCCCAGAUUUCGUCUAGAGGUUUUUUCUUCAUGGCAUAAUUUUGCAAAACUACUCCAGAUAUAUUGUAAUGAUUUAAAAUUCAGUCAUUCUCGAGCUGUCCUUACCUUCUGUUUUGUCUGUUUGUUUUUACUGUAUCAGGUUUAUUUGUGAUAAUCUUGCCUUGCCUGUCCCGUGUCACUGGGAGAGGAUAAAUACAGAUGAGCCUUACCAGGUGAGUAAAGGGUGUUAGCUUUUCAUCCCAGAGGGGUCAGAGUCUUGUACUGAAAUGUUGCUGACUCAGUGGUGUCGUGCCAUCUCCCUGCAGAUAUUUCAGCAGCACAGUGAUCCUGUCAAUGUCACCUUUCAGACCUUCUGCCAAGAUGAGAUUCAGAGAGCGUAUCAUUGAGCAUUUAAAACUGCAAUUCAAGCCUUUAAGAUAAAUAAAUAAAUAAAAAUGGGCCAUCAAGUGUUAACUUAAAAACCAUAGCCGUACAAACAAAAAUUUUAAUGGCACAAACAAAGCACUAACGAACAGCACCAUUUUGGGUCCAUUUGGAGCCAAUGGGGGGCUGGGUGACCUUUGGAUGACCUAUAAAACAAUAUUUAAUAACUUAAAAACCAUUGCAGCACAGACGAAAAUUUUAACGGCACAAACCAGCACAAACGAAGCAGACUAUUUUCCCCAAAUUUUGCGUGGGGUGGGGGGCCUGCUUCACACAGGUUCAUUUCUCAGUGUGAUAGCUAAUUCCACCCUGAAACUCCGUAAGGGUUCCCUGAAAAACAAAUCCUUGUCAUACAAACAGGUUUCCUAUGACAGAGUAUAGAAGCAGAAAAACUGACAUUUUUUUUAAAGUAACAAGUUCAAGAGGAUAAUAAUAUUAUGAGAAUACAGUUGUGUAUUUAUAAAAAAAAGUCAGAACUUAAAGCCACUGUGAGGAGUUUUGGUUAGUGGUUACAAACGUGAUCAAAACUAACGUCAGUGUCUCUUUAUGAAGACUUGGCCAAAGGAAGGCUAUAGAGACUGUCCACCCUCAAGACUCUAUAGAGCAGGGUGGACAGAGGAAUUAAAGGCCCCACAUUGUCCAUCGGGGAGCACCAAAAUCAUGUAGUUUCAAAGUUCCUCACAGGAGAUUUAAAGAGGUGAUAUUGUACUUUUUUCAUAUUUUGAAAACAAAUGUUAAGUGAAAAUGUUGGAUGUCCAUACUACACCUGAGAGAAGUUUCAGACUGAAGGUCAAUGAGUGUUCAGAUGGGACUAAAGGCUGCUCUCAAUGGCUUGUUCAAAAAAUCUCGUUAAAAAGGCAAAUUUUUAAAUUUAUGAAAAAAAAAAACAACACAGCUUUAUUGCAUGGCAACAGUGAAGGUGGCUUCAAGAAUGCUGGGUUCUAGAAUGUUGGGGGGACUUAAAGGGGCAGAGUCUUCAAUGAACAUCAGAAUUGUUUCUUGUUUACUCUUGUAAGGAGAUUUUUCUAAAGAAGGGCAGUAUACUUGUGACCUAAAAAAGCUAACCAGACCAAGUAGCUACUACUGACUAUGUCCUGUACAUGUGUAAUCACAGUUUCCUGACUGAAGUAGUUUCAAGUAGAUGUUCCAAAGGGGAUACCAAAAUUAACACAAAUAGAAAAUUCCUUACAGGAGCUUUAUAAAGUACUUGUUUUGCUGUUGUUUUUAUCUUCUGUUACUUUCAUUUUUUACUUGUGAACCAAGCUUUGACAAAUCUUGUUUUUUUUAAACAUUCAGAUUCAAAAUCAUUGUUACAAAGUUAUCUGUGUGUGUUUGGGGUUUUGCAGCUCAUUCAGCUUGGAAGAGACACCUACGAGUUCAAAGAGGUUGCCAGGUUGUAUGAAAGGACUAUGGACCACCCCAUCAAGUGCAUUCAGAGGAUUCAGAAUCUGGACUUAUGGGAAUUCUUCUGCAGGUAGACAUUUGUUUUGUUGUUGUCGGUGGACUGCAAUAUCUCCAAAGUGCUUUUGACUUCAAUCAACAAAAUAAAACUCAGUAAAAGCCAAGGUGAUACUGUAGCUUUGAUCACAUCCCUGUUGCCCUUUGUAGCUUGAAAAUCCCCUUUGUAAGAAAAAUGAAGAAAGUACUUUGUGUUGUGUUGUCAUUCCCUGGUUCUAAGGAAGAAAACCCAGCUGCGAAAAGUCAAGCGCACCCUGGACAUUGAGGAGCGAAUGCUGUUUCACGGCACAGGACACAGCAACAUACAAGCUAUAUGUACUUUUAACUUUGACUGGCGGCUGACAGGAAGUCACGGCGAUGUCUAUGGCAAAGGUAGAUCCAUUUAUGUUGUGAUGAGAUUAUUUCCGUCUUUCUUUUUGGUCUGAUAAAAACUGACUUUAACUUUUGAUUUUUCCUCUUUACAGGGAGCUACUUUGCAAGGGAUGCAAAAUAUUCAAGCAAGUUCUGUCACACCACAGGGAAGCACAACACCACCCUGCAGAGGCAUGGACUCGCCCCGCCAAUAUUUGCUUGUGAGCCGCCCUAUAAGACAAUGUUCCUCGCUAGAGUGAUCGUUGGAGAAUACACAGUCGGUCAUCCCAUGUACUGCAGACCACCUUCUAAGGACGCUAGCUUCACUAACUUCUAUGACAGCUGUGUAGAUGAUAUGGCCAACCCAAAGAUUUAUGUUAUUUUCGACAGCAAUCAGAUCUACCCUGAGUAUCUGAUUGAAUUCUAUUGAAAGCCGAACAAAAUAUCACCUUUUCCUUUUUUUUUUUUUUUUUUUUUUCUGCAAAGGGUGGAUCUAACAUGGAUACAUUUUGGAUGCAGAGUUGGAAGAUGGGAAGGGAUGGACCAAGAAGCAGCUUUUCAGACAUUCUUCUUUCAGUCAGAUCCAGUGCCUAACUGGAGCAUAGGUCAUCUAAAGUGCCUUUGGGAGGAAUUGGAAAAAAAUAUAGAAGACAGUCAAGGCUUUGUGUGCAGUCAGGGUACUGUUCAGCACAUCGUAAGUUGGCUCUUGUGGUUUGAAUGCUUCAGUUCACUCAGCAAGGAUGAAAAAAAACUGAACUAACUUCAGUUUUUCUUGCAACUUUGUAACAAAUGCAAAACCUGUGCUUGCUUGUUUAAUCUGUGUGCACAGUUGUUUAGAAAAAAAAAAGAGAGAGAAAUCAACAGCCUUUAAGUUACAAGUGAUGUCCUGCCAUCAGCUGCAGCUCUUCCUUCACAUCCACUGUGCCAAGCAUGAGCAAAUUUACAAGUCAUAACAAGUAAUGAAACCAAAAACCACUAUACGUUCUUCUCAGCAUAUCCAAACACACGGGCCAUCGGUUAUGAACAUCUAUGUGUACCUACUUUGACAUAGAUUUGUUUUGUUUUCUUAUUCCUGAAAAAGCUUCUACCUCUGCAUUGUUUUAACCAUGCAUCCGUGCACUUUUCCCCCCUUUCCAUGAAAGGUUUUGUAACUGUGUCACAAUGACAUACAGUCGCGAUGUCGUGUUCUUGCGUGUUUCCUCGAGCAAUAUGUUUCUCUGCGUAUUUUCUGACUUCUAUCCUUAUUAAGACUUGACAGUGGCUUAGGUUGAAUUUUGCCGGCAACAAAAUUCAUUACAAACAAUAAAAACAUCAGUUUCACCAUGACUGACUUAAAACCAUCAGUGUGAUAUCACUACCCGCUAACGUCUUGAUUACAAGGAAAAAGCAGGUUAUCCUUACACCUGAUGUAUAUUUAUUUUGAAAAAGGAUGUAGCCAGCACAUGUAUAGUACUGUUAUAAGAAUUAAUGUAAAGUUUCUUUGUUGUGUGUGUUUGUUCAAUUCAUUGUAUGAACAUGUGUGAUUCUGAGUGAGGAGAACAAAAAGACUCAUGUUUGCCACUAGGUGGUGUAAUAGUACAAGAAAUGGCAUUUCCUCGCGGUUAAUGCAGACACGUGAAAAAAAAUCUGUCUUAACACUACAGCUGUAUGAGUGCAGAGGUGACUGAAGCUAUAUGUAUGUCUGUAAUUUGCACGUUACAGAUAAUAAACUUUUAAAUCAAUGUGUGUCUCUUUGAUACACACUGAAAGACA